AUGAGAAAAGCAGCGCCUUCUUCUUCAACGUCCAAGAAGGGAUUUGCGCCGCCCUCAUCGUCUGCAGCAGCACCACCUCUGCCUGAAAAGCCCAAAUCCAUCCUCAGCGACACUAUGGAUACUAAUACCCUUGGUUUGGACGUUCCUAUUUUGCCUUCUACGUCUACGUUUACGCUCUCCAGUGGUAAAGACGAUAAGCCUGAAAAGCUCAAAAAGAAGGCAAAGAACUUUUUGGAUGAGAGGCAAAAGACCAAGAGCAGAGCUCAAAGUUUAUGGAGUUUCAUAGAUGCUACCAAUACGUUUGACCAGGCAAGAUUCUUUCAAGAACACGCAGAGCAAGUCUUUCAAGUCGUUUUCGAGACUUGCAUCCAUCAAAUAGAGAAAAUCAAGCAUAAAUCAGAGAGACCCACCUCUUGGAACAGCAAAGAACUCGUCAGCCUCCAAAAGACACUGCUGCUGCUUCGAAAGAUAUUUCUCUACGUGCCCGAAUUGAUGCGCAAUGGUUGGCAACGACACAACAUUGCAAUUAUCCUCACCUACGUUCUGGAUCACGGAAACCAUCCCAGACUGCGAGCACUUGGAUUCCAACUGCUUUUAUUAUGGCUCAAUGACCAAGUUGUAGAAUACCCUGAAUGUAUGAACUUGUUUGCCAAUGCCAUUUCACUGGAUCUGUUUGUCUUGGACGAGAUACAAUACUACAAUACUUCCUCUAAUAGCGCCAAUAGCCACACCACACACACCACGCCCGUUAUUCCAACACCAAUGCAUGCCACCACGCAUUUGACAUCACCCACCAACAUUCAAGACGUAGAAGAGCCCCCCACCUCCAGCAAACUGCACUCCAGUGGACUGCAGUUUGUCAAGAAGCUGAGAGAAAGCCAUGCCGAUAAGCAGAUCAACCACGGCUUGCAGCGUGAUGACAAGAUCAGAUCGAGCCCUAUUGAAUUACGCCAGCGCCUGAUCUUGGGAGAUGACACUCAACCUCUGUUUCCCAACCCUGUGCAACCUACAUUUAAUGACUCAAUUGCAUUGAUACACAUCUUUAUAUCCAAUCUCGUGCGUUUGGCAUUUGUAGCUGCAGGUUCACCGCCACCCCCAGACGAGUACGAUUAUCCACCAGGUGAUCAUUUUGAGCCAGACGACGGUAUUGCGACAGGCGUUGGUAUCGAUGCAGCGACUGCCAGUGCCAAAUUUUUGUUCAAGAUCUUCAAGACACAUUACAUGACGAAAUUUGUUCCUCUUAUAUCAAAAUCACUUCACGUAGAGGGCACGUCCAAAGCAGGAGGUAAGGCAGUAGUUGAACUGGAUACAAGCAUUUUGAGAUCAUUGUUGCGAUUUUUAAUCGGCUAUUGUCUCGAUAACAAUAGCCAUCAGUCGAAUACGCAUUGGCCACAUUUGUCACAUACACUAGCAGCAACAACGCCUUCUUCCUCACCAGCAACACCCAUCUUGAAGUCCAUCGUCUUGUCAUCACACGAAACCCGAGAAAUGCUGCACGAAAUCAUCCGCCAGUCAUUGAUCUUGCCUUGCUCCAAUUCGCAGUACAGAGACAUUACACGAGGCGCCAUUCAUAUCUUGGGUGUUUGGAUCCUGGGCAGUGAGGAGGAGCGACCUUCGUUCCUGAGACGGUCUGGCGGUAGUGGCAGUGCAGUAACUCGCUCCAGUAGCACAGCCUCUGUGUCCAAUUCCACAGACAACAUAUCCAUCAUCUCCCCAUCCAAAGUCAUGUCCACAUCGCCCAUCAAUGAAGAACCUCCUCUGCCGUCUCUACCACAACCCACAGCAUCCGCGAAAACAGCCAACGAAGAAGAGUACUCGGACGCCAACACGUUUCUACGACGAUACCUGCUGAUGAUCAAGCUGAUAUUUGAAGAUCGUACACCUCGAAAGAGUGGUGGAAGCAGAGACAUGAUGGUGGCUAAUGUGCAACAAGUGACAGAUUGGGAAGGACUGGUGACACUGUACAAGGACGCCAUCAAUGUAUACCGUGCUAUUGCCGUGUCCAAAGGUGGUAUUGAGAUUGAAUGGGAGAGUUGGGAGCUGUUGUUGCAGUGCUUGCUGGACAUUCAGCAGUGGUUUAUGAGCCAACCAGAAAAGUACAGUCGAAUUCCAGUACAAUCGUUAGCCGAGGAGUUGGCUGAUUAUAUAUGGGAGACACUUUUACACGCCUUCAUUCGAGCCAAGAUCACACACGCGGAAUUAUGGCACAACCUCAAGAUACACAUGGUUAGUUCCAUGCGAUGGGUGCAAGCACUGAAUCAGUGGGUGAGAAUUAUGCAAAAAUUGACUCGAUUAUUGUCCUCUCGAUUGUACAAAGUCGAAUACGACUUAUAUCCCGAAACAAAGUAUCGACUGAUUGAGGAGUUCCCAUCGUCCGCCAACAACAGCAGCAAUCGUUAUUCUACCCAUUUCAGCAGCAAUAGCGGUGGCAAUACCAUGAACAGUACAAGCAGCAAUAACAACAAUAGUAAUGCGGGAAACAACACCAUCAGUGGAAGAGCGCUUUCAGGCGUUGUUGGGGGGAAUCCAAGGGCCAAAGUGAGAUCUCGACAUUUGAGUAUGCAAGGUAAUCCGCGUCAUGGAGGGGGCAGCCUGAAACGAGGCGCCUCUGGAAGGCCCUUAUCAGCGUGUGAUAGUGAAGGACAACUAACUGACAUGAAAACACCAGAGAAACAGCAACACGUAGAGUCUCAAGAACAACAACCUAUCCCUGAAGGCAGCGUCUCCACCAUCCUACGAAAUCUCAGCAGUGCGUCAUUAUCAGACAUUGCCAACACCUUUAAAACCGACCGCAAAUCAACCAAUUUGACAGCUUCAGUCGUGGAUGAGGAAGGCGAAGAAGAAGAGAACCACGAGCACUCAAAACAAAGCAUCAAAUUUGGCAUCAAAAAGAACAUUAUGCCAUCUGCUUCCUUUUCCAAUACACCUUCCAGCAGUAUUCACAGCUCGAGCAACAUACAGCCUUCAAGUACCUCGAUUGGAAAACGAAGCAACACGAACAACAGCGGUAAUAGCUUGACAGGCAGUGGUAAUGGCGGUGCUGGUGGUGGCUCAGGAACCAGUCUUGGAGGUGGACACAGUAGCAGUGCUGCUGGAGGAGGCACCGGUAGCAGCAGCGGGGCAGGAGAAAAAAGCGUGGGUCGUCGUGCUAUCAGUAUUCAGCAACUGGAUACAUUGUGGCAAGAUUCAGGUUCUAAGCUCUUGAACUUUGUGCAUCAUGGAGAUGUCAAUGCCAGCCCUCAGAUCAGCUCUUCCAAGGCAGGGUCCAGGGAUGAGGAAAAAAAGGGGGUGAUUGAUUGGGAUUACGCCAGUGGAAGCUCCAUUGAAGAGAUGUCUACCAAGUCUAAUCGUACAUCCUCAUCAUCUGCUUGGCCUGCAGGCGAAACCCUUUCCAUGAUGACAAACCCUGCCUCUGUCACAGAAAAGUUGCCCACAAGUUUAGGAGCAUUCAAAAGCUCAGAAUUCCUGGUACUCAGCAAUUUGCCUUAUGAUGGACAGCAAGUGUUAUCUAUUUGGAAGAACAUGCUUUUGACGAUUGGUAAUAUCAAUCAAAUCGAAGGGCCUCAGAAUCAUGCUAUUGCCAUGCAUUGCGUUGUAGAGAUUUGGGAUACCUUGCGACUUGUGAGGGCACAACAGCCUUACCGCGAUAUACCGAUACCUGCCAUGUUUGAAGCAGCACCGUGGUUUUUCCAAGCAACAGAGUUGCCUUCUGCAUUUGAUGCUGGAAAAGCAGCUGCCUAUGGAAGCUUGUGUCGACUCAUGUCUCAAAGGCCCGAGGAAACGGGAUUGGCAUCCAACGACACUACCAUCAUCCAGGCUAUUAUACUCAACUCGGAGCGAUUAUUUGGAUCAUCAUUGCCAGGUGUCCAUAUCCUGAUUCCUUCAUUCAUUGGUGCUAUUGAGAAACUGCUUUUGCAUGAUUCGCCUCGCGAGAUUGUCCCUUGCAAUGUCAGAAAGAGCUGCAUCACUAUACUGGGGUCAUUGGUGUCCAUUUCGAACCAUCUGAGCAAUGUUGCUAUUCAGACGGAUGAAUUGAACAUGUCCUGGGUACAGGGGUUCCAUCAAGGGAAGUCCUUCUCAUUUGCAGAUGUCAAAGUAUGGCUCAAGAAUGUAUUUAUCCAACUGGUCAACGUGGGCCAUGUGCCUCAACUUGAGCAAGACACAGACACACAUUGUAUGCUGCUUGGAGCCUUAUGUGCCUUGAUUCUGGACGAACUGUUAAGCUGCGACACACCACAGCAUGACAUUGUGCAUGAAUGUGUGCUCUCUUUGGUGAAUCACUUGUACUGGUGCAACAUUUCUAUUGUGAAUACAGUGUGCGAUUGCCUAAACACAAUAGCUCAAGUAUAUAAGGAUAAAUUGGAUCCUGAGGGGAUCUUGGUGCAAGAAAUCCUCACACGGGUCAUUGAUUCUCUGAAUAUUCAUCUUAAAUACUACGGAAAGAGCUCCAAGGGCGGCAGAGGGUUCAUCAUUUCCAAGCUAUUCAGCUGCUUGCUAGAGUGGAUCAUGUCGAUUGAGCCUAUGAUCCUCACAGAGACGGAUCUCUGCCAGCUGGUGUUUGAUGUGAUUGAACUUGCGCUGCAUGUGACACUGGACAGCAGCGAUAAGCUACUGCCGCAUCCACCUACUGCCGCCAACAACACAACCAAUGGUAAUCGAGCGUCACCGCAGAACAAAAUGAAGGAGGUCUCAUUCAAGUUCAAAUCCUCCGAGAAACGACCAGCAUUUCAUCAACAAGAGGAGGUGGUGGGCCCUGAUGUCCCUGAAAAUGACCGAGGCUAUGUCAAGGAAUCAGCCGAGGCUGUGUUAUUGCAUUUGCUGCAUCACUUCAACAAUUUUGCACCUCCUUACGGACCAGCCACCAUUCACAGCACGAUCAUUGGACCAGGCGUCUCUCAAGAUGAUGCUGAAUACCAUCAAUAUCAGUACUUUUCAUUCAACGAUACCACUAUUGUGGCAUUUGUGGAACUGCCAAGGAGUCAAACAAGGAAGUCUGCGCAGGCGAGGAUGAUUAUCCGGGAUCUGACUGGCCGAUAUGUCUGGGAUACGCAGCUGGAACCCAAGCUUGGUCUAUCUGAAACUCAUGUUUCCAUAGAGAACAAGUUUGUCUUGAGGCAAGAUGUGUGCAUUCAGACAAUAGGCGAUGAAGUCCCGCAGGAUAUUCAGACAAGACAAGCAUCACAAGAUCCAAUGGGCAGCUUAUUGAAAAAGAUUGGGGAUUUGCACCCAGAUUGCUUGCUAGACCCGAGUUUGCCAUUGAAUGUGCCGAGUAAUGAAACUCUAUUACAGACUGAAAUGGUUGGAAAUCUCGGGACGCAACUCGAUGAUUACUUGCGAAAAGAAGCGCACAAUAACCAGCAGCAGGAAUCCGAUGUUCAACUUUGGUAUUCCAAAAUGAACAUGCUGAGGAAAACAGAGACGGAAGAUGGUGUUCUGAAACGUGGCGAGUCCAUGCAAGCACAUCUGAUGGCUAAUUUUAGUUCUAGAAAGGACUUUUUGCCAGCAUUUCCCACUGAAGUCGAGAGGCCUCACGUGCCGUUUCAACAGAGCAGAUUGCUCAUGAGUCAUAUGGGGUUCAUGCACUAUAAUCAGCUGAAAAAUGGCUCCUUCCAGAUGCUCAACAAGACGCCAGCACUGUAUCGAGAUUUGAGAGGGUUGGAUAGAAAGCACGGGCGUGAAACCAUGAAAAUCGGCUUGAUUUAUGUGGCCCACGGCCAAGAGGACGAGCAGAGCAUUCUACAAAAUAGCCGAGGCUCUGACAAGUACAAUGCCUUUGUCAACAGUCUAGGCUGGGAGAUCGACAUUGCCACACACACAGGCUAUCUGGGUGGACUGGAGAGGAACCUCACCAACGGCACCAGAGCAUCCUACUACUGCUCAUCCAGCAUUGAAAUGAUCUUCCAUGAUGUGACCAAAAUGCCUACCGACGUGUCGGAUCCCAAGCAGUUGAAAAAGAAACGACAUAUAGGUAAUGAUCACAUACAUGUAAUUUGGAACGAGCAUGACCGAGACUACAAGAUUGAUACGAUUGGUGGUGACUUUGGUAAUGCUCAGAUCAUAGUUACGCCAUUACCUGACAGCCUGUACUCUAUCCAAGUCUACCGUGAUUCAAAGAUUCCGUACUUUGGACCAUUAUUUGAUCGAAUGAUUGUGUCGCAGUCCAUUCUAGGAUCUCUGGUCAGAUCAACAGCCAUUGAUGCAUUCCGAGCAUCUGUGCAUACAAACUUGUAUUCAUUCUACAAGUGCGUCUAUGCACAGAGAUCCAAUGAUGUGAGAACCAUCACCAACAGGCAUAGAGUAGCAAAUUGGAGUUAUGAACAAUUCAUGGAAAGAAUCUUUAUGCCAGACGAACAACUAUAA